AUGGCCUUCGUCAACGUCCUCAUGAGCGCGCAUCUCCUGCCGCUCGUCACCGCCUAUCAAGAGGGCGUCAACCAAGACGUGCGUAUCCUCACGCGCCUCGGCCACAGCCCUCCAGCUCUAGGCGGCGACCUCGGGCCUGUGCACGCAGUCAUGGCACCGUGGCUCGAUCGCGUCGGCUUCCGCUUCUUGCACCAGCUAUGCCCAACGCUCGUCUUUAGCUACGCGCUCGAGUAUGGCCGCGUCGAUCUUGUGCGCGAGCUCAUGGCGACAGACGAGCUGCAUCUCAGCAACAAGUGCUGGUAUCUCGACAUCAUAAUGUGGCGCAGCUGUGCCCACAACCAUCGCCAUUUGCAAUCGUACGUCGACAGCAUCUGGCCCGCGUACUUGGAACUCUGCAUCGUGCAAGAGCUCCUCAACCUACGAGCGAUCUCCAGCUGCAAGGCCUAUAACAUGCGGCUUGCCGCGGCGAUCGGCAAACCGGGCCUCGUCGCGUUGCUCUUAAAGAACAGCUCUGGUGGCAUGGCUCUUGUGGCCUUUCGAGAAGCGGUCGCCUACAACCAACUUGCGCUCCUCCAGUGCCUCUGUACGCAGUACAACGAACCAGUGCAUUGGCGCAUCGCUCUCCAAGCCACCAACCUCCAACACGACAUGAUUCAUUACGUUGCACCGACGCACGAUCUUCGCCUCAGCCGAGGCAGCGCGCGUGCAACGACGCCACAAGCGUCACACCAAAGGUUAGCCUACCCGACGGACACGCUCGCGUAG